GCAAGACGAUAAGGAGAUCAUGGAUAUACGAUCUGUUUGCAGGCUUAUCGUCCUCAUUACCUGGUUCAAGUUUGCAGUUACGAAGUCUGCAGAAGAUGUACACCGGCUACUGAACACUUUGUUCAGCAACUACAGUGUUCUUGUGAGGCCCUCCUACGACCAGAACAGGCCAACCCAUGUGAACGUAGUGUUCAGUAUGAUGCAAAUGGAACAUCUGGACAUGAAAACAGAAACUAUGAAGUCGCUGGGAUUUUUCACCAUUACCUGGACGGAUGAGUUUCUGGUGUGGAAACCCGAGGACUAUGGGUCUGUGAAAUACUUCACUGUCACCGAAAACAUGAUAUGGACACCAGAUUAUAUUAUUGACAAUGAUGUUCGUGUGAAGAAGCGUUUUGGAGACGGCAAAAACUUGGUGAUUAUCAAAUCUAACGGCACUGUCAUUUGGGAGCCAGGGUACGUGUCUUCAACAACCUGCAAAAUCGACAUUACAUACUUCCCCUUUGACACACAAGUAUGCUCCAUCAACAUGAUUACGUGGAUGACAUCACACUUGUACCUACGUACGUCGUCGACAAAGGGUGUUUCUCUGGAUUUGUAUGCUGAAAGUGGAGAGUUUCAAAUGAUCAAGGCUUGGGUCAACAUGACGUUGAACGAAGUGAAUUCUCUUGAAAAUGAGAAGCUCGAGGGGUUACAAUUCUUCUUUGUUCUGAAGCGGAGGACAACUUUCUACUGGCUGUGUCUGGUGUCACCGCUCCUGGUAUUUCCCUUGCUGAGUCCUCUUAGUUUCCUGGUUCCUGCAGACAGCGGGGAGAAGACCACCCUGGCCAUCACAUCCCUGCUGUCAGUCUUUGUAUUCAUGUCAGCCAUCUACGAGACGUUGCCAAAGCUUUCCGACACUGUCUCGCUAUAUGUGUUGCUGGCAUCCUUACAAAGCUUUAUCAGCUUCCUCACUGUGGUAUGCAAUGUCAUCAUUUUGAGCGUACAUCGCCUCGGACCCGAACAUUGCGUUCCGAAAUGUCUGACAGUGCUUGCAGCCAAACAUAAAGACUUACCACCAGAAAUGAUGAACCAUGUUAAAGGUAAUGAGGAAUGCGAGCUGUUCAACAGAAGUGCAAGGAGUACUAGAGGCAAAGUGUUGCUGGCAUCCUUACAAAGCUUUAUCAGCUUCCUCACUGUGGUAUGCAAUGUCAUCAUUUUGAGCAUACAUCGCCUCGGUUCCGAACACUGCGUUCCGAAAUGGCUGACAGUGCUUGCAGCCAAACAUAAAGACUUACCGCCUAAAAUGAUGAACCAUGUUAGUAAUACAUUUGAUGAAUGCGAGCAGUUCAACAGAUGUGACAAAGUGCCAGAGGCAAAGUUGAAAAUGUGCCCAUUACCUGUCCCGUUGUUGAUGGAUUUCUGA